AUGGCGAUGAUGGUGACGGUAAUGGUAACGGGAAUGGUGGUGCUAGGGAAGAACGCUCAGGUACUCUGGGACAGGCAGCUGGGAGCGCCCAGCUUUGGGUCUGGUAGUGUGGCCGCGCUGAGACUCCCUCCAGCUGAGGAGGCCUGUGCUGAAGGCGAGGCCAACUUGGCCAAAGAGCCAACACAGGUCCCUCCCAGCACAGAGACCUAUGAGCCGGAACCAGAAGAGGUGCAGCAGGAUCUCUUCGCUCUGGAAGUCCCGACAGAGCCGGCAAGGUCCCAUGGAGACCGGUCUCCCUUGCUGAGAACGGUGCGGGAAGCAGCAGCAACGCUCUGGAAUCUCCCGGCCUCGAGCCACCUGGCCUUGGUCCCACUAUCUGGGAUGCAGGCCGGAAAGGAGCUGAAGGGCGAUGAGCUGACUCUGCAAGGGUCCGGCUGUGAGUACGGCGACAUCAUCUGUGUGGAGCAACUGGACGGGCCAGGAGUCUCGCAAGCUGUGCAGCUCGUGGAGGAGAAAUGCAACACUGCGAAGAUCUAUUUUAACCAUCCAACGAGGCCACAAUUCACCGAGGAGUUCCCGCCCAUAGCCGUCAGCAAAGAUGCCCCGAUCUUCGAGCUCAAGGCGCGCAUUGCACAAGCUCUCCAGCUGGAUGCAUCAACACUGCACCUCUGUCGCUCUCAGCAUGCGCCGGCUAUGUUCAAGGACGAGUCUCGCACCUUGCGCCAGGCUGGCCUGUCGGAGGCAUCCAGUAUCUUCGUCGGUGAGGGCGCGCCCUGCAGCCCGGAGGAGUGCCUGCUGAAGGUCUUGCUCUACACUUACGACAAGGGCAACCACAAGGCUCGCGAACUCUUCAGCCUCGCGGCACGUGGGGACAGCUCCGUGAGGAAUCUUCGGGAGGCCGUCUACGAGCCACUGCUCCGCUGGGCGAAGGCCGAGGACCCCGAGGCGAUUGGUUUCGAUCCUGUCGCGGUGACUGGCUGGAAGCCGAUGGCCAGCGCAGAUGUCGUGACAUGCCCUCCGCCACCUCCACCCGCGACAAUCGAAGCCGGCCCUGUGGCGCCGCCCCCGCCACCCGCAUCAGUGGAUGUCAAUGCGGUGCGGUGGCAUGGCUGGGCAGGCGCCAGCAGCUCCUGGGCCCCUCCGCGAGUGGCAGCGCAGAGCGACAGCGAGGCCCGCCCCGGCUAUGCGGCUUACGAUGCCUCAGAGUAUCUGGACGAGCCGGCCGUGCUUCAGGAGAAGGUGCGAAUGCUGGCAGAAAUGUGGAGGCGGAGUGGAGCCGACACGGUGAUCUACACCGGUGCAGGACUUUCAACAGCUUCAGGCAUCGGGGACUACGCCUCCAAAGCCAGUAGCUCUGUCGCACCUCACAAGAAGAUCGCCUCCACUGGCAGCCGCUUGGAGCUGUCCCCAACUUUCGCCCACCAUGCGCUGGCAGCCGUCGCAGAAAAAGGGCUGAUCGGAAACUGGGUCCAGCAGAACCACGAUCGCUUGGCUCAGAAGGCAGGUUUCCCUCAGGCUAAGCUGAAUGAGAUCCAUGGCGCAUGGGGCGACAGCAAGAACCAGGUAAAGAUGAUGGACGAUACCCUCCGCCACGACUUGCUUCAAUGGCUGCUUUCCUGGUCCCUUCGUGCCCGGCUCUGCGUGAGCCUUGGGACGUCCCUUUGCGGGAUGACUUCAGAUGAGAUCCCAAAUGCAGUGGCAGAGCGCUACACACAGGGCGAAGGUGAAGGGCUCGUCAUCAUCGGCCUGCAGCGGACCUUCUACGACGAACGGGCGAGCCUCAGGAUUUGGGGGCUCUGCGACGAGGUGAUGAGCCUUUUGGCGAAGGAGCUCCGAUGCAAAGUGCCAGAUCCGAAAGUGGCCCGCCGUGGCGAGGAGUGGGUGAGCAAGCAUCCAAGGCUCACAUACAACACCCCGACGAGGUCGGCAAAGGAUCCCAUGUGA